AUGGAAGAACAGUCAGUGAGUGAUUUUAACGGAUUCACAGUCACAUAUCUUUUAAGAGCACCAAAAUCCUUCUUGACGGUGAAACGUCUUUUCUUCGAUUGGCCAUGCCUUCUCACAGUCAUCCAUCAGAAGAUGUUCUCGGAAGUGAUUGUUGCUCGCAACAAUGCGUUCUUUUCACAAGGAGGUCUCUGUUUCAAUCCGAUUAUGUUUUCAAUGUCAACUUUUCAGAAUCGACAUUCUGAAGGCCAGAAUGACACCUUAGUUCGUUGCGAUUCGUGUUUUGGCCUGAAAGAAAUCUUGGAAAGAAGCCAUAGUGAUAUCGAAAGACGUGAGGCGAAACGAAAGUUGGAUCAACAUUAUGAUUACAUAAGUAGACAAAGGGUGAUAAUUCAAACUCUUUGCGCUCAAAGUAGAGACCCGAAUUGCGAUGUUCGAGUUGUUAUGAUUGAUGGAAUGAGCAACCGGCAUACCAAAUUGCCACGUCUCGUGGACCGACCGAAAUUUGUAACGGAUUCAAUUAGGGUCAUAAUGUCAUUGACAACGGUGCAAAUCGCUCGAAGUGAAGGUGAUAUAUAUUGGUCGUCUGCAGCAACCCUCCAUUCAUCUCUCUUGUUCAAUGCAGAAAAUGAUCAGAACGCCUUUAAGCUCUUUAAGGAGGCCUUCCUUCCUGAGGAAUUUGUACCGACAAUAAGGAAGCCAGAAACAACAAUAAUUGAAAACAAGGUUAAUGAGCUCAAAAGGCAAUGUGGAGAGCUUCUAACAGAUCAGAAUCACCAGAACUUCUGUUCGUAUAUUGUGGAAUACGGGAAAAAAUCUUUCCGUCACACGAUGACAGAUAUCAAUCAAAAACGACAGUUGGUACCUUCACCUGCGACCUCUCCCGACGAUCCUCAUCAGACCGUUCUUCAGUUUUUGAAACGAAAUGGAUACCCUACAGGAAAGAUGCCUAAAAAUCCCUCCAUCUAA